AUGAAUAAUAACAAUAAUAUGUUUCGUAAAAACAAAGAAAAAAAUGAUCUUGCACUCGGCGAUGUGGAUGAAAAUGGAGUGAAUGAUCCAUCAUCAGUGUCCAUAUUGUCAUCAAUGCUAUUACAUUCAGAAGCUCAAGGUGGUAAGUAAUAAAAUAAAAUAAAAUCUUACUUUUACCAAAAUAACUGGUGAAAAAAGUAUGACUAGCUUUACUUCAAUAAUGAAAAAGUGGGGCUACUAAACUAUUUGUAAAGUUUGUGAGAAAUUCCAUAGCCAUAAACAAAGAGCUUUACAAAAGACGUAAGGAAUUUUUAGAAUAAAUUACUCCGUUUACAAUUGUUCGUAAGGCUACGGGUAAAACUGGCAAAUUAUCAAAAUAUGCAAUUUAUAAAAUCGUGCAAAAGCAGUUACGUAAACAUUUUUUUAUUAAGACAAAAUAAACCUAUUUACACUUAAAUGAUACAAGGUAGGUAAUAGAUUGAUGAUAUACAAAUGAAGAAUAGAAUUCAUUUUUUUAACUUUUGUAUAAAGUGUUUACUUUUUGGUAAAAUAAUAAAUUCCAUGUACCUACUACUAAGUAUAAUCCUUUAAUAAAUAAUGUGAAACUAAAAAUAACCAAAAUUUAAGAGAGUAAUAAGUAAACAAAGUGAAAUAUCUGUGUACAUAAAACUACAGCUAUCGAAUAAUUAUGUUGUAUAGACUAUAGGUACCAAAUAUACUUGAUACUUUUUUGUUGGUAAAACAAAAUAUUAUUCACUAUUAAGGAACCCUACAAUUUUUGUUUUCUCCUCUUGCGUGGUCCAAUUUGUAGGUAUCUAAUUAUAUCGUAGAUAUAACGAAUCAUAAAAAUCACAAAAUUUCAAAUAUCUCUAAGUCUUGCAUAUUUUUCGAUUAAUGUGAAUGAAAUUCUAUUGGCUCUAAAAUUUACUCUUUGUCACUAAAAUACAUUCGUUUCAAUUAUCAGCUAUAAUUACAUGUUGAAUAUAGAAACACUCAAUUACCUAGUUUAAAUAGAGUAUCUGCAAUAUGUUUUGUUUAAAAAUACCUAAUGUGCAUGUAUUAUGUAUUAUGUAGGUAUUGUGGUAUAUUGUAUAUAAUUGUAUGUAUAAAAAUAUAAUAUAUAAUGUCAAUAUUAUUAGGCUAGGUUCACAUUGUAUGUUUUGAGGGUUACUGUUAAUUAGAAAUUAUUUGUAAUUUAGUUACAACACUAAAAAUAAAACAGAUUUUAGAACAGGAAACCCAUUAUCGAGAUAGUUAAAUAUGAUUUACAGACAGGGAUGGAUGUCUCAUUUUGUGUGGUAACUAGUGUGUGGGUAUCUAAUUUUUUUACAAUAAGGUACAGAAUAUAGUUUCUAGUAGUGAAUAACAAUAAACUAGUAAAUGGUAUUUUUACUUAAUUAAUAAAAUGUAUCUAAGUGUCUAAUAUGACUGUAGGUUAUGUACCAAUUUAAAUUCUGGAGGUUGACUCUCAUGUAACAAUAAUAGUAUGAACAUAGAAAAACUGGCUUUGGAAAAAUCUUAUUUUUUCCUCUUACUGUACAAACUUAAAGAGAUAAUCGUGAGAGUAUUGAAAUUAUUGAUGAAAAAUGUCUUAAAUAAAAUAUUCUUCACUUCUUGAUGUUCCUUUCCUUUCAUAGGUUGAAAAUCAUACUGGCUAUCUAAUUUCUAUCUUGGGGAACUUUAAAUAUUUGAUUAGUGUUGUAAUCAAACCAUUACCUUAAAUUCUGCGAUCAAUUUGUUCUGGACCUCCUAGUAAAUUAUUAAAAGUGUUAAAAAAAAUUGAUACAUACCAAGAAAAAAAUCUUAAAACUAACUCAAAUAUUUUACAAUACUGCAAUUCAUUAAAUACAUAGUAAUACAAAUCUAAAUACUAUUAUUAAAAACUAAUAUUUUAAAUUUAUUUUAUAGGUAUUAAGUUCAGUGAGUGAUGAGGUCAAUAAGUUUGAAAGAAAUUCAAUCCACUAAAUCUAUUAAAGACAAUUUUCACUUCUUCAGAUUAGUAAGUAGGUAUAUCUGAUGCUAAGUUAUCAUGUAGUAAUAAAAUAAGUAGAUACCUAAUCAUUUAUAUUUUUAGUUAGUUUAAUAAAUUACAUUGAAAAACGUAUAAUGUUAAAAAUUAUAACAAAAACAAAACUGAUAGAAAUUUUAAAAAAUACCUAUUUAAAAUUAUUUUUAAGUUAAUUUUGAUUUUUGAUAGAUAUUGUUGAAACAGUGAAAAUAAACAUCAAUUCCAAUAUCAAAUAUAGUAUUCCUACUAGUAAAACUAUUUCAAAACUUUGUAGUAAGUAAAACUUAAGUAAGUAAACUUAGUAAUACAUUUUUUACUAUAUUUGUUAAAGAAAUCUAAACUUUUGAGUUGUCUUCAUCUAUUAAAAGAAAUUCUCGUUAGAAGAAAAAAGUAAUAUUUGGUGAGAUAACUCAAAAUACCAAACUCAAUUCAAAAUCAACUACACUACAUAAAAUUAAAUUUAAAAAAAAAAAUGUUUAACCAUUUCAUACUUAUACUUAUUAGAAGUUUAUAAAAAUCUUUUGAAUAAAAUGAUUAAUAUGAACUUUUGAUAAUCCAAGUAAAUUUCCAACAGAUUAAUUUUAUAACUUUGUGAGAGUUUAAAAUUUUUUUAUAAACCAACAAGAAUUUAUUGAAGAAUAGUUACAUUUUUCUAAAAUAUAUUUUAACUUUGAAAUUACUUUAAAUCUCUCAAAAAUAUUCUUUCAAAACUAUCUUGACAAUUUUAGUAGAGAUAAGAACCAAAAUGACAUUAGAGAUUUUGAAAAUAUUUAAAAUAAAAACAAAAAUUUAUCAAGUAUUUUCACUAUUUAUAAUAUAUUAUUUAUUAUUCUAAAUACUUAUGUAAAUUUUGGUAACUAUUUAUUAAUAAAUGUUCAACCCAGCACAUAGAUAGAACACAUUUUGGAAUAUAGGGGUUUAACCACUAACUUUUAUCUUUAUAAGUAUCUGUGAUCACCCUUUCAUUAUAGGUCGAAGUUUAUAAUUAAAAUUGUAUUUAUUCUUCAUAUUAUAUUUAUUUUUAAGGGUUAGUUUUUAAUUUAUUGAUAAAUUAUUAUAAGCGAUACACCUCUGUAAAAUUACUGGCUUAGUAAAUUUUCAACAAAUCAAGUACUUUACAAAUCAUUUAGUUCAGUUUACCUAAAUAUUGUUUUCAAUAAAUCGAUUUAGCUGUAAUAAUACAAAAGUAUUCAGUUACUUGUAACAUAUAAUAAUAUCAAAUAAUUAUAUUGACAGUUAAGUAAAUAAAACUAUAUUAAAUAUGUGUCAUGCACCAAAACCUAGAUACUAAAAAUUAAUAACACAUUUAUUUAUAGUUAAUUUUAAAUUAUCUUUUAUAAUUAUUUAUACAUACCCAUAAAUAAUCAUAAUACAUUUUCGCUUGAGAGAAACAAAUUUGUUUUGGUAAUUAUUAUUAUUAUUUCUAUGCGCAUUAUAUAAAAUAAUUAAUAAGGAAAAAAAAUGCAUAAGUCGUUAUCAUAUAUAAUUGGGUAUCAUUAAAAAUAAAAAAAACGUUACAUUGAUCUUGUCUCAGUAGUUCAAUCACUUUAUGUGGAAUCUAAAAUAAUUGAAUGCAAAAAAAAUAUUUGUCUCUGUAGGGUUGGCCUACUUAAAGUUCUCUUAUUUAGCAAUGUUUUUCACUAGUAUUUUGCUGAGUGUUACCACUGGGUAACCUCCCUAAUCUUCCCGUUAAUUGUAUUUUUCUUUGUCUUAUAUCAAACCUACUUAUUGUACACAACUGUAGAGAUUGUAGAUAACUUUAAAAUUGAAAAAAAAACUAAUAUAUAAUAAUUGACAUUAAGUUUAUAACAAACACUAUUAUAUAUUUAAAAUAUUAUAUAGUAAGUAUCCAAUAAAACAAUUGAGUAAUAAUAAAUACACAAUACAAAUAAAGUAGCUUAGGUCACUUAAGGUAAUAAUAAAAUGAUUUUUAAAAAGGUAUAAUUAUGAAGCUGCUAUUCUCGCUGAGAAAAAAAAAAUCAGAAUUAGGUUACUAGACAAGGAAUUGAACCAGAGUCACUCAUUUGCCAGGUGAUUACUCUACCACAGAGCUACUCAGUGCUCAGAGCCUUCUGAAACAAUUUCAGCUGGACUUGAAUGAUUGGUAGAUUGGUUAAAUGCAUGGAUACUUAGCAGACAUGUCAUGCUCUUCCCUCAGAUUGUGUGCAUGCGGUAGUCUGAAACUGGAACAAUUUUCUUCUGAAGGGAUCUUGGUACCUAUAAAUUCACAAACAAAUAAUUAUAAAAAUAAAUAUUUGUACCUAAUUUCUACAGUUUAUUUCAUCCUAUUGGUUUCCCUAAUCUGUAUUAAUAUUUCAGUAAUAUUUGUUAUAUUUGUUCAGUAGUUUUUGACAUACAGAACUUAGUAAACCAACUUAAUAACUGUUACUGGAAGUAAAAUAAAAUUUCAAAUUUCAACAUUUUAGCAUUUUUUAUUUUGUGUUCAGUUUAAACUAUUUUAUUUGUGGUUAUAAGAUAAUUUUAUACAUACUUAGACUUUAGUUGAUAAAAUAUUUCACUUUAUUUCCCUAAUUAUUAAAUUUAAAAAUGCUUUUCCCUAUUACAAUUUACUAUUGAUAGGUACUUAAAUUAGUUUAUCUGUUAUUGGGCAUUUAUUAUCUAACAGAAUUUGUCAUUGAUUAACCUUGAUAUAAUUAAUCUGGUAAUAGAAAAUUGUAUAAAUAAAAAUUAUAUUCAUAAAAUAGCUACAAUAUAAUAUCAUUGUAAGUACAAUAGGUAAAAUAGGUAUUAUUAAAAUUAUAUUUACCUAUUUUAUAAUAAGAAGACAUGAUGGCUGUAUUUGCUAUCACUGUAAAUCUAAUAGGAAACAACAAUGGAUAAACAUUUUAUUUUUACCAUCUAAUGGUUUCAUUCCAAAACAACUUAUUUUUUUUAUACCUCUAUUACUUAGAUAUAUAAUAAAAUAUGUACCUAUUUGUGUAUAUAUACAUGUAAAAACAAAAGUUUCAAAAAAAAACUUUUCUACAAAUUUUUGUUUAGACAUUUUUCUUUAAAUCAACUUGGUACGUCAAAUUGUUCAAAAUACAAAAACCAAUUUUCAUUAUAUUGACCAUUAAAUAAAUGUAUGGCAAAUACUCGCGUACUGUCAAAGGAUAAAAUUCGAUCUACUGCGAAUUCUAAUGUUAUAAUAGGUACCUAUUGAUCAAAAUAUUAAAUCAGAAAAACAUACUUACUUUUAGUUUUAUAUGAAAAAUUGUAUUAAUAGACUUCGUUGGAACUCUGAAAGUUGAAAUUCGGUUUGUUUACAAUUUUACUUUUAUUGACUGAUAUGUUAUCAAAAGUAUAUUUUUUUAUCCUGUCUGAUAAAACCACUGUUGUUGUUAACAUUGGUAAUAUUAUUGUGGUGACAAUUUUUAAAUUUUAAACUAGAACUUUGAAUGAAAUAGUUUUUUGUUUUUUGAAAAUAUGCUCUCUUCAAAAAUCGUCCGUUAAGAAUUACAGACCGAAAAUUUAGAGAACUCGGAAAAUAAAAUUAUUGUAGCAAUACGUUUAACGUUAACUACGACGGCCUGCAUCAUUGAUUUUUGUAAUGCAAAUAAUAUAAUAUAGGUCAUUGUGCCAUGAGGGAAUGGUUCACGGAACUACGGAAAGUGAUCGGGAGACUGAACCUACUGAUAUCUUCCGGAAAAUGAUAAGAACCCGAGAGAUGACAACGAUCCAAAAAUCCACUUCGGGCAUUAGUGGUAGAAUUUUCACGUUUUCGACCGUGGUCACAUUGGUUUCAGCGUAUCAGCUGGUCAAAGCCGCCGUGUUUGCCGAUGUACGGUCACUUGAUAGGGCGUCUCAUCGUACCGCACGUCCGUAUUCCCGAUUCCGUAAUAUAUGUGUGCGCACAGACGUCAGACGCACAGUUGUCAGUCCGCUUUUAUUGUUGUACGUCGUUUCUUGUACGGUUAUUUUCGCCCACUGCAGUUCGUAUGGUAGUGUAAUAAUAUUGUAUGCCGAUGUUCUUGUUGUUUUAGAUAUUAUUGACGUAUUAUUUAUAACAAACAUUUUAUCAUACGCGUUAUACCUGUAAAUUAUAUCGUACUGUCAAUACCGAAUUUGGUCGCGGUAUUUUUUUUUUUUCUUCUCUGAAUUUUCUUUACUUUCUUUUUUCCCCCCUGUAAGUUUUCUCUGUACCGACAGUUUUGGAUAAGUUUGUGUCAACACCAUGGUAUUGGCCUGAAUAAUAUUCACAAUAAUAAUAUGUCGCAUUCACAGUACUCCCGCGAAACAGUUAUCCAUCUCAUAUCCGGAGGGUAAGGAUAACAUUGUCCAUAGUUAUAUUACCCAUCUAUCUAUUUAUUUAUUUUUCAAAUGUAUAAUAUGGUGUUGAAUUCAAAUUGAAAUAUUGCAUUUUCUAGAUUGGCUGGCACAACCGGAGCCGUGAUUACAUGUCCGUUGGAAGUGGUUAAGACCCGGUUACAGUCAUCGUCUAGCUUUGGGGCUACGCGCUAUGAUUAUCUGCCUAGAAUCGCGUCCGAAGACGGUGGCCGCAACCGUAUGACAUGUAAGACAAUCUCGUCGUUGCAGCGACGACGAUAUAACACCUUGAGCGGCGCUGGUGGCCGACACUCCAGCACACAAAUACUAACAUUUUCUCAAUGUGGUGUAGGCGGCCAGACGACCAAAUCGAUGGGGCUCGUACAAUGUCUCAGGUAAGAAUAUUAACCCAUCCACUGUGUAUAAUUGUAACCGAAUUCACUUUACCUCACUAUGUGUGAUAUAACAUAACAUAUGGAUAGUGAUAUUAAAAACUUUAUAAUACACAUAACCAACAACUCUACAACUCUGGUCGCGUUUAAAAUAAAACAUUAAAAACCGUUUACUACAGUAAUUAAAUACCCCAAUUAUUUGCUAACCCUUGAAGAACUACGAUGUACUAAUUAUCUAGAUGGUAUAUAUUUUCUGUACUUGCUAUUUACUAUGAUUUUAACUUUAUACUGUGUUUUAUGAUUAAAAAGAAAACUGAACAAUUUCAUAUAAUUUCAAUAAUCAAUUAUAAAUUUAAAUUUGAUGUCAUUCAUUAGAUUUCAAUGUUCAUUACCAUGCAUAUUGAUGAAUGAAAAUAUAAGAGUAAAUAGUGUUCAUUCUAAACUUAGCUGAAGAAUUAAAUAUUUUAAGUUGGACUAGUUAAUACAACUUGAUAAACUACUAUUCUUAGUAUUUUAUAGUUCUGUGCACAUAAAACUGAAUAAAAAGUUAUACAAGACAAAUUUCAUUAACAAAACUAAUUGAAAAUGUAAUAAUUCAAGUACAAUGAACUUCAAUUGUUUUGUUUACAUCUUAAAAAUGACACAAUUUAAUUUUGUAUUUUUAUAGCAAAGUUUUUGAAGGUUAAAAUAAUUUUAAAUUUAGGUCAUCUACAAAAUGUGUAUGGACUUGUGAUGUUUAUAAUAAUAAUAUUUACGUAAUAUUCUUAUUUACAUUUAAUUCAAUAUACUACACUAAUUUUUUACUUCACUUAACCAAUUUAUCUGUAGUAAAUCUAUAGCAUUUAAACUAUUUUAUUAUUUUAUUUUUGUAUGACAAUUAAAUAUCAAGUAAAAAGAAAAUACAACAUUUAAAAAACAUACGUGUAUUAGGUUAAAAGUUAAAAUUAUAGUAAAGAUAUGAAUAUGUACCUAUGCAUUUUAACUAUUAAACAUUAACUAUACGAGAGACUGUACAUCAAUACUAGUUGACUGAUCAAAAGUGAUUGUAUUAUUACUAUUAUGUAAGUAGGCUAAACUAGCAUUACCUACUGCCGAAAACAUAAUAAUUUUGAUAUUUAAUAUUUAUACAAAUAAGUAUUUUUGGUUAAGUUUUUAGAAUAAUUAAUUUACAUUUUCAAAUGUCCAGUUUUCAUUUUAAUAGGCAGAAUCUUUAUCUUCUUUUAAAUACUUUCUAACAUUGUAUAUUUGUUAUUUGAAAAAAAAAUGCAUUUCUAACAGUCUUACAUUUUAAAAUAAAACUUGUAAAUAGAUAAUAAUUUUUAUUUUUUAUUGUCUCGUGUAAAGAAAACCAAUACUUAAGCAAUUAUUUUGUUAACAUCAUAAUAACGUACAUGUAAUAUGAUUACAAAAUAACACGGCAUUGACUAAGUUCUGUCAUACAUAUGUUGAUAUGUAGUAAUUUUUAAAAUUUGAAUUUAAAUCUGUUAUGUUAUGCUCAAAUGUUUUGUUUAGUGCCUACUAUAAGACAUUUUCAAUUGUUUUAAAAAUUGUACGAUAUUGAUAUUAAAUUUAAUAAUACAAGUAUUCUGCAAAAUUUUCUGUUCCUUGCGAUUAUUUCAAACCAAACACAAAUAGAAAACCGAAUACAAUAAAUCGGUACACUGUCCAUUUUUAUCCCAAUUAUUAUGGAAGCUACUUGAAAAAUCGAAAAGUGAACUGCUCAAUGCACAGACUAAAUCCAAGAAAGUUCUCAUGUAGUUUUUUUCAAUCGGAUCAACGCUCUUGACGGAAAAAUUGUUUACGGAUAGCCAAAAAAAAAAAAAAAAAAAAAAAAACAACGAACGGUUUGAUACAAAUUGUGUAAUAUACAAGUACCCGCCUAUUGAAUAAUAUUCCGGACAUUACUCGCCGCACUUGUUAAGUUUGUAGCGAUAAAAAUACAAUAAUAAUACGAUUAUAAAAAUGUUAAUAACGUUCACUAUCGAUUCCUGAUAAUAUUAUAUAGGCGCACACUUGUUACUAAUAUUGUAUUACCUUAGGCGAGUUACCUACGCACCUGCGUACCUAUCGUGAGAUUACCGGAAAAUCUAUCUGUAGAGUGUAGAUGAUUCGAGUACCGCCGGCGUUAUCUCGUUGCAGAAAAACGAGAGCCACUCGAUGAUAAAAAUAUUCGUCACCUUUUAAGUUCGCCCGUGUGACGUGUGCUGCGGCCGGUGGGCCAUUUAAAGUGGACGGUUUUCGCUCGAUAAACGUUUCGAACUCUCGAUAUUGUUUGACUAAUGACGACUAUAUAAUAUUAUGUGGUCUAUGGACCGAGUCCAAUUAGCAUUGCCGUCCGCGCGAGCCAAUGGAUUUCGUAUAUUUUUAGUGCCAAACUCGUCGUAUUUAGAUACUAAAAUAAACAAUAUGCUCCGUUUCUUCUCUGGUCAAACGUUGGCAUUCGCGAAUUUUAUUUUGUUUUAUCGAACGCGCCGCUCUGGUAUUUUAUAGAGGAAAAGACAAACGUUUCAAAAAUGCCCAAUCCGAUAUAAUACGAUACGUUAUUGAUUAACGUUACGUCGGUGUUGUGGGGAAAUAUUCCCUAACUAUUUCCUAACAUUGUAAUAUGAAUAUGUACCCGAUUUGUCAACACCCAACGAAGAAACGGUAUAGUUAUUGUACUAUCACAGUCGUAAUACUAAGUACGAUUUAAAUUUAUAAAUAAUAAUGUUUACAAACCAAUGGGUAUUGUAGGAUCGUGAACUUAUGGUGAGUUUCAUUCGAAUGGUAAAAAAACAUGUCAACCGGAUGGACUUAAAAUGGAUUUUUUUUUUAAUAGGCGAAUCAAUUGUUCAAAAAUACACUUGUUAAAACUUCUCCAGAAGGCGCUUAAUAAAACUUCAUAUAUUUUCUUAAACGGAAGCACUUAAUAAUAAUAUGUUUAAUAUUAGAUUCGAAUAGUCCGUUAUCGUUUUCUAGCAACUUGAAAAAAUUGUUUCCCAUUUCAAAAAUUGUCCGAAAUUGUCAACUACCUAUUAUAUACCUACGUGUACCUAAAAUUUUCGUUAGAAAAUAUAACAUUUUCUUAGGUUUUUUCAAAAAUGUAAAAUGCGUGUUGCUUUGCAUCUAUGUGUAUGUUUAGUUCUACGAUUAUUAUUUUUAAUAAUUUUUUUAAUAAAUCACGAAAAAUCAUAUUUUUGCUAUAUAUGUAUAUAUAUAUAAAAAAAACUUUAUACAGUUGUAUUUGAAACGAUUUCUAAGAUAAAAAAACCAUUGCAUCGAUAAAAAUGGUUUGAAAAAAAAAGUUACUAUGUAACUAAAAAAAAACACUCAGUUUCGAUUCGAAUCCAUCUGACGUUGAAAAAUUUCGCGUUACGAUUUGAAGUGAUUAUCGGUUUUAGAUUCGGAGCUUAGCGAGGGAUGAAUUUAUUUUACAAUGAUGUUUAUUUCAUUUUUUUUUUUAAUCUAUGAACAACUCCUCUACCAGCAACAUUGAUCCGAUUUUUAAGUGUAGUCCCUUUUCUGAAAGAAAAUUUUAUCUGUAUGGUACUUCAGGGAAAACAUUUUCUGAUUUCCCAAGUGGUUUUCAUAAUUAUUGGGAAAAUGUACGUACGUGUAUAGAAGAAACAGAAUCGUUUUUUGUUCGCAACGGUUUAUCGUUACUUAUAUAAAUAUAAAUUAAAUUCCCCUCUAUAUCCUAACUUCUCAAUUUCUCACCUACAACAGUGGCCCACCCAUGGUUUGAAGUAAGUACCAUCUUUUAUAAACGUGAAAGUGAAACGCAUCCCGUGAAUAAUAAAAGAACAAUUAUUAUUAAAGAAUAUACGAUUACAUGUCAUACGAUCGCCCGGUGUUGUGAACGAAAACACUUGUGGUUUUAAUUGUAUUGGCCUAGUUGUGUGUUUAGGUAAAUACGAAUAAUAAAAUUGCGACUAGAACUAUACGAAUGUACUCGUAUAUCGAAUGUAUUAUAAUAAUAAUAUAUCAAUAAAAAGAUUAAAAAAAAAAAAAAAACUGAUUGCCACUAUUUAUUGUUCGCAAUUCCCGGCCUUGAUUGAUGCUCGUACGUUACAGUGUCAAUUAUAAUAUAAUAUUCAAUUAAUUUUCGAUAUUAUUCUCUUAGAACGAACUAUGUAUAUAGAAAAAAAAAACGAUUGUGUUCGAGAAACUACUAUGCUUUUUAUUACACUCUCGUUAUCAGUAUUCUGUAAAGUACCUCGGUACUAUAAUAGAUAGCAUAACGCCUAUGAAGAAUUCCUGUUUUUUUUUUCCCCAUUAAUAAUAUUAUUGAUUCCGAACCAAUAACAACCAACUGCCAUUUAUAUAAUAGUAUUAUUAUCGUCUGUAAUAUUAUCGGCGCUUUUUUUUUUUCAUUAUUAUUGGCAAAAGUAUUUAAAAAAAAAAACGGACAUACUUCGCACAAUGGGCGAGCCACUGUUGUGACGAGAAGUCGGAAGGGUAGGAUAUAGGGGGGAAUUCAAUAUAUACCUGUACGCAACGAUAAACCAUUGCCAACUAAAAAUAAUUCGGAAUGAAGUUUUUUCUAUACAUGUACGUAAGUUUUUUCGUUUUUCUCAAUUAUUAUGAAAACCGUUUGGAAAAUUAAAAAAAUAACUUCCCAAAGUACCUCCCGAAAAUUUCCUUUCGGAAAAGAACAAAAUAAAAAAAAAAAUUAACAUCAUUGGAAAACCAAUAGAUUUCUCGGUACGCUCCGAAUAUAAAGUAAUGAUAAUAAUAAUAGAGUAGGAUAGGAAAUUUCGAUUGGUACUUUUUUGGAAAGAAAAAAACAGCCGCUUAUCAUUUCGUUCGUACCUCGCGAUCGUAAUAAUCUCUUCCCCGGGACGUCCGUCGUGACCCGCGCGAUCGUAACAAUCGGUGACCGGGCACUAUCGAAUAGUUUCCGUAGAACGGAUAGUUUUUUUUUAUACGAAAAUUAUCGUGGUAGGCAAGGCGCACACAGUUGGGUGUAGUAUUUCGUAGGAUCAUUUGCGAAUGCUGUUGGGUCGAAAGCACACGGCGGAGAAAAAUAUACCGCGUUCUGUACCCGUCUAUAGCAAUACGUUCGUAUUCGAAUCGUUCGUCCGUACGCUAAAUACAAACGUAUUAAUAAUACGGAAGGGGGUAAAUGCGCCGCGACUGUUAUAACCGUGUUCGGAACACACGAUGGUUUUUUCGAAUAACAUAAGUAUAAAUAUUCGAAAGUUCUCAUCGCCUAUUAAUAAUCAAAUAACAUACUCGCCUCUCUUUUUUCGGCGGAAAAUUUUCCCCCGUCUCUCCUCCGCCCGUCACCCCCCCCCCCCCCCCCCCACCCCGGCGCCCACGCCCGGACCCGAUCGCGGCGGCCGUCGCCGCCGGUACCAGCCGCCACCGCAACGUCGCGUUUACUGCGCGACGCGGUUGCGCCGCUAUCCUGCGCGCGUUCGUAACGCGUUGUUAUUGUGGCCGACAACAACCGGUCGUCCUUCGGCCCGCGUUUAGCCGUGACCUUUAUGUGGCGCGUACGCGUACGGCCGACGUUUUAUCUUCGCGGCGCGCGGGCACGUUAUGUGUUUCACGUAGCUACCGGCCCGCUGAAAAACGGCGAAAGAAACAAAAAAAAAUAAUCGACGUGACCGAGAGCACGUAAGCCACAAAGGCGUCGCGGAGAGACGGGCCCCGUUUCGCGAUGCGCGUAACGGAGAGCAAGGACGGCGGCCGAUAAAACAUUAAAUAAUAAAUAUUCGACCGUUCUCGUCCGGUGGAGUUGACCCGACGAUGACACGCUCGCGGCUUACGUAACGCAUGUUAUGUCGUCGCCGUCGUGCGUUGUUAUUAAUUAUUUUUACGUUAAGACGGGAAAAAAUCGCGAGGACGCUACUACAGUUAUACGGAAACAGCGACGUCACGAACUUCGAAUAAUAUCGAUAACAAAUCGUUUUUUUUAAAAUUUUUUUUUCUUAACCGCCGUCCACCGCAAUCCAGCUAUACAAGUACAAUACCCAUAGCCGUUAUUAUAAUAUAGCUACGCGUAUCAUUAGCGACGCGUCCCACCUAAUCAUUUAAAUUUCACAAAAAACUACCCGUAUUAUUGCGCAUAGAAUUCAGCCGCUUCUGAAAACUGUGGUUCGCUACGCCCGUGUAUGGAAAAAACCGAAUUUUCGCAAUGCGGAAAGAAGAACGUGGACUGUGCGAUAUCGGAACUGUAAAACUUGAAAAACGGAAGAACUUUUUACGUAUUGUUGAUAUCGAAAAAAUAAAAACGAUACUGUACGGUAAAAGUUCUCGUCUUUUAAUAGUGAACAUUCGGUUGUUGUCUAAUAAUAAGCUCUAUACAGUCCUCCGAGUGGUUCCCGGCCCGCACAAAACGAUUUUUACCAAAAAAUUUGCGGAGGUGUGACGUCCUCUUAAAACGUCACGUCUUCGGAGCACUGAACUAUAAAAUACACGGAAGCGCGUAAUAUUCAUCUAAAUAUGAUCCUGACAACAAGAAGUUGCCGUGUGAAUUCCGAAUCGUGGCAGAUUUAAUAUUUAUAUUAAGUACUAGAGUUAUCUCCGAAUAAAUGGUAACGUUUUUAUCACUGACCGAAGUCUGUUGCAAAUGUGAAAAAUCAUUACGGAAUGCCUAAUAUUGCGGUUCGCUUAUAGGAACAUUGCAGUACAUAUAAUACGCAUUCCGUGUGUUAAUUUCGGUGUUUUGGAAUGAGUCGCCGACCGGUUGUAUACCUAUAGCAGGUUCUGUACGAAUGUUGUCGCGAAUCCGUCGUUUCGUAUCGCGUAAUUGUUUUCGUAAUUUAUUCCGCCGUUUUCGUAAACAUAUAGUUUUAUGUCGUUAUUUUAUGCGUCGUUUUAUUUAAUUAAAUACGAAAACGGGUGACGUACAGCCGAUCAAUAAUAAAUAAUCAUGCGUAUACGUACGUGUUGGGCGGUGUUUGAAAAUAAUACGUUCGCGAAUGCAAUCACAAUUUUUUCUUUUCUGCAGGACGACAAAUGUGAAUUCUGAUAGAACGCCAAAAGAAAAAAAAAAUGUAUUUUCGUCUAACAUUAUUUUACUGCAGUAGUUAAACGGCUCGACGUCCCAGCGCUAUAGCAUGAAUUAACAAUUUUAUGACAGUUUUAGAUCCCGAAAGCAGCGAGUAACAUAUUGGUUUUCACUGUGAUGCGUGUACUUUUUUUCACUGUCUGCAGCAAACGUCUAUUUCAAUAAUCUGGCUCCGAUUGGAAAAAUUGCCAAAGAGAUUUUUUUUUUUUUCGUAGCACUUCGGAUCUAGCUGGCACAUUGAGGAAACAUUUUUUUUUCCAUGUAGCUUUCAUGGUAACCUCGAAAAACCCACUAAAUUGUCACGUCCGUCCGCAGUAUUAGCUCUUUUUUUGUUUACAAUAUUUCCGCAGACACAUUGGGUACAAUUAUUUCAUUACCUUCGUUUACAAGCGAAUCAAUAUUGACGACGAAUAAUAAUUAAUUUCCAAAUGUUUUAGUGAAUACCUGUGACACUUUUAAAUAGUCGUUUAGAUAACCUAUCGAAUAUUUCGAAUAGUUUUCCCAUAUAUUGACGAAUGCGUUCAAUAACUAUCGAACAGCUCGACAGUAACCAUUCGAUUGUGCCCGUCAUUAGUAUAUAAAGAGAUUUCGAUAAAAUGUAGAAAUGGCACAUGAUCAAAUUUUAAAACUGUUCCAGAAAUACCAAAAAUUCCUUGAGCAACUAGAGUUUUAUUAUAUUUCAUACAAAUCACCGUAGAAAGUGAUAGAUAAUAAGUGAUAAUUAACGCUUUAACGUGAAUUUUUUUUUUCUGAAGUAUUAAGUAUUUUUGUCUAAUAAUUUAAACGUAACAUUUUGCACUUUAUGUGAUUCCUGUUAUUAUAAUCUUUACGGGUUUCAUUGACUCAUCACUGCAAUACAAUUAUACCAUAUUAUGCGUCGUUCGAGUUUUUUUUAAAAAUUUAAUACAAUGAUUAUAUAUUGUUGAAUCGAGUAUUUUUAAAUUUCAAGUGAUUUCGCCUAAAACUACAACAGUUGACUAUACAGAAUAGAUAUUGUACACAUCUAAAGACCUACGAUUAAGUGUAGUGUUUAAUCUUUAUUUGUAUAAUAUUAUAGGGUAUAAGUGUAACAUUAUUAACUGUUAUAAUCAUUCCAAAACUAUAAUAUUACCUAUAUAGGUGUAUGGUAAAAAACAAAAUGAAAAAAGAAAAAUAAGUAUUUAUUUUAUUGGACAAAAAAAAAUGCGGUAAAUACGUAAUUUUAUAUUAUUUAUAGGUUAUUAUAGGUAUUGGGUUUCGAUUUUAACGUUAUUUUCUUAUCUUCGUAUAGUUAUUUGGUUAAAAAUAUCAGAAUACAAGUAUUUACCCACACAUUGUGAAAAAUCGUCGUUUAUUAUGUUAAUAUGUAUUUGAAUAUUUUACGAAAAAUAUUUAAACAUAAUGUAUUCGUUAACCGCUGUUUUCUUACUGUUGCCUGUAUUAUGAUUAAACACGUGUCGGCAAACGUACCAGGUGAUUCAUUUAAGUGGGUAUACUCAUUAUCUCGGAAAGUAUUAACUUUUUCCGGAAUUUGUUUUUUAGAACAUUUAAGAAACAAGCUGCUCCACAAUUUUAUAUUUUUUUUUUGCGAUUUUCAUUUAAAUUUGAUUUCAAAACGCUUACUAAAAAAAAAAAAUUCUCCGAUGAUUCUGGAAAUUUCACUACGUAUAGGUAAGUCCAAUAUAAGUAUUAUUAUCAAGUUUUAAGUCUCUACGUGUAUUUAUAACCGAAUUACAGCAAAAAAAAAACUACCAAACAUUAAAAUUCCUUAAAAACUCAAAAGUUUUGGCGAUGAUACCGUAAGAAAUUAUAUCAAAAAGGCAACAAAAAAGGUAACUUGUGACUUUUCGAUUAAAUUAUUUUUUCUGGUAGAACACGUCGUACUUGUUUUUAUAAAAUAAUGAAAUCGUGAAAUUGUACGUUUUCUUACGUUUUUUCCCACUUGAGUGCUUUUAUUUAAAAAAUGCCGUCGAAGAUCAAAAAAAUUACCUAUCUAAAGUACCAUUUAGACAACUUGAGCUUUCAGAAAAGUUGCUACUCGUAAAAAUCGGAGCAAGUUUACUAGAAAAAAACGUGUCCACAGACUAGAAGAAAAAAAAAACACCUUAGUAAAACCAAUAGUUCCCUCGCUACGCUCGGAAUCUAAAACAGGUACCGGCCACUAUAACUGAUCGCGUUUAUAUUUGACUGUAAUAUUUAAAAAAAAAAAAGAAAAACGCGUCGUAUUGCGUCUGUUUUUAAUGUUUUUGACGGGUGCUCGUACUCUAAAAUCAAAACUAGUGAGUUCUACGCAGUCUGGCAUAAGGAUGAUUUUGUUAUAUCGCCCGUUAGCUGGACUAAGUCGGCACAUGCGGUCCUGUAACGUUGCAGCGAUAUUUAGACGUCAAGUAUAGUUUUAUUAUUAUAAGUUUAGACGUUGCGUAAUGAUAUUUUCUCGAGAAUUUAAUUUUAUAAUAUUAUGCUAAUCGGCAUGAAUUAUUGACCUAUUAAUAUUAUACUUUAUUUUGUAAAAUAAAUAUUUUAAAAAUAAUUUAUUUUUAUCGAAAUAUUCAAUAAUAUAGUUUUAAGUAAUAUGACACGCUUGGACGGUUUUCUCGAGAAAAACGAUAUGUCAAAAAUUCAUAUUUUUCGAGAGACGAUUAAAAUGUGUUUAUCACGAAAAUGAAAAAUGUGCUUCUUCUAUGUUUUUAAUUCCAAGUAAGUUUUUGUUCACUUAUCAUGCGUGAAACGGAAAAAAUGACUGAUACCUGACUACUUGUAAAACCUCUCGCCUUGUGCACAUAAUUUUCAUUUUUCUCGCAAUAUUUUAAUAUACUUGCCGUACGAACAAUCGUUCAGUGUUUAAUUCGUCACGUUUAUUACGAUUGAGCGGUCGCAUAUUUGGCGGCAAAUAUUUAUCCGAAAGUGCUACCAUUAAUUGCGGCGCAAAAUUUCCUACGAAAUCGACUUAUGAUAUGAAAAAAUAUUAAAAUAUGACUUACUGUGACAUUUCUCAUAAAAACCGUCCAAAUACCUCUUGAAAAUUUAUAUAUAUACAAUUUGUGAGUCAUUUUAUUCUCGCCGUUAAAUACAUUAUAUUAUAUUUUCGUAUUUUUCUUCUUUAUUCAUCCAAGUUGGCAUUUUUUUUAGGCAUAUAGUACAAACCGAAGGCCCCAAGGCUCUGUUCAAAGGACUGGUGCCCAACAUCGUGGGCGUCGCUCCGUCCAGAGCCAUAUACUUUGGGGCUUACGCACAGUCCAAAAAGUUUUUCAACACCGUACUUAACCCGGACACACCGAUUGUACAUGUACUAUCGGCGUCUUUUGCAGGUAAAAUAUUUUUUGUGUGAUGUUUUUAAAAAAAAUAUAUAUAUAUUUUCUAAUUAAAAAAAAAAAACAAAAAAUUACAGUUAACUAAUUUUUAUUCUAGUAUACAAAAAAUGGGCUUAAUUAUCUAUGGUAAACGCUAAUUUUAAUUGUAUUAUCGUUAUACGGUGAAAUGUUUUAAAUCGAAGGUUUAAGUGUAUAUUAUUAUACAUUUGUAUACAUGCAUGGUCUCUCGGUCUAAUCAUGCAAAAAUUGGCAAGAUUUCUGGUGUCCUAUUUUUUGACAACUCAUACUAAUAAUAAUAUAGUUCCACUUUAAAUAUGUUUUAUAUAUAUUACUAUUGCGCUUUAUAAAUAAAAAUCGAUUUUAAAAUAUUUAUUACUUUUCAAUUUUUUUUUUUAUCUACAAUAAAUAUUACCUAUAAAUAGUGUCAUAAUUACAGUAUACAUUAGGUAGUUGGAUACCGUAAAAGAAAAUCAUAUACAAAUAUUUUUAUCUUUUUCUUUUCUUUCAAAUAUUUGAUAAAAUUAGUAUCAUGGUUUUUACCUUCCUAACGAUUGUUGUAAUAAAUCUAAUAAAACAUACGUAUAUAUAGUAAUAAAAUCCUGAUGCUGUGUAAAUCAUAUUAUUUUCUAUUCGUUUUGUAGUUGUGUACCUAUAUUCUCUCGGAACGAGACGAACAUAAUAUUAUUAUUGUUGAUACAACGUAUAGGUGCACAUUUUGUUUAAAAUGCAAUUAUCAUAACGUGACCGUUAAAAAAAAAUAAAUAAUAAUAAUAAAUCCAAUAAAGCAGCUGUUUCACUAAUUUUUAUUUAUAAAAGUAGUAGUUUCCAAGAACCCAUCGUCGUAUUUAGGGGUAGCCGAUUCAAUACUAAGGUACCUUCGACAAUAUUGAAACAAUAUCAAAACCGUGAUAAAUUCUGGUAUCGGUUUCGGUUAAAUAGAUUUUUUUUAAAAAAAAAUUCGUAUUUUGACGUCUAAAUUCUGAAUAAUGUUUUAUUGUAAUAAAAAUAAUAGUUAUUAUAAUGAUUAAUGUAUCAACAUACCUAUUUUAUUUUUAUUAUUGAACAAAAGAGAAUCGAACGUUGUUUUCUAAAUGUUCGGUAUUGCCCGUCUACAUAGAGACGCAUUCGCGGUUUGUUGUAGAAAAAGUUAAACGUGUUCGUUCUAAACUUCUAAACUCUGAAAAUGUACACAUCAUAUUGUAUUAUAAUAAUAAUAUAAUAUUUCGAACAAUAUUAAAGAGAACGUCAUUUCGUCGGUGUUAUAGCCGUGAAACGAGUUAAUCCAGUCGAUUUGUUUUUUUUAUCCCGUAAAAAACGAGUUAAUCCGGUCGAUUCGGGUUUUUCAAAUGUGUUUUCUUCAAUUUAUUUAUUGCGUCUGAUCGGAAAGGUUUUGGUGGAUUUUUGUGGAGUACUGUUAUAGUUAUAUCGUAGACACGAAGUUGACUAUUUUAUUUAGAAUUGUAUUUAUUAUUUUUCUUUCGUUUGAUACAUAUACGAUAUCAGCGGUUUGUUGACUGUGGGCCGGAAACAGGUUCAACGACAACAACAAUAAUAAUUAUGAUCGUGCGUGGACGUCAUUAUCGAAAAAAAAAAAUCGCAAAGAAAAAAAAAACCAAUAACAUUAUUGUUAUUGACAUUGCACUAAUGAUUGGCGGGUACAAGUAGUUCAGACACUUUCCGGGGUGUCAAGUCGUACACAAUAAUAACACUGGGAAAUCGAGCCAUUGAAAAAUAUAAAUUAAAAAAUAAUAGUAAUAACGUUGGGAAAUUGUUUUUUUAAAUUAAUAUUUUCCGAAAAUUUUAUUUGAAUACCUAUUGAAAUAAGUAUUAUUGUCACGCGAGUGUUAUUAUAGAGCACACGUGUGUUCAGAAUAAUCCUGACACGAUACUGAUGAUUCGCUAUGGUAAAAACGUGUGUUCGCGCAAACGAACGAAAAAUGUCUAAACAAGCGGUUUUAAAGAUAAAAUAAUAACUUAUUUUAGAAUGAAAAAACGAGGAUUUUACGAAGGGAACUUGGUUAUGAGUUUAAACAAAAUAUAAGCGAGAAAAAUGAGUAGCUAUAAUUUAUAACUAGAGCACGGAUAUUGUAGUAGUAAAAAAUAUUGAAAUUGAUUGCAGUUUGCACUAAAAAUAUUAAAAAUUGCACUAAAAACGAACAAUUUUUUUUACAAAAAUGGAAAUAGUGGGCUUAAUUUUCGACAUGUUCACAAAACAAUAACUGAACACGAUCACUCAAAGUUCACGGAGUGACUGAAGAACAGAUAAUAACAGUCGGUCACAUUUCGCAAAUUAUUUUUGUAUUGUAUUGAAUACCUAUGAACUUGGAAUUAUCAAAAUAAAAAUUGAUAUCAUUAUUAGAUUUUAUGGCCGGCAACAUUAUAGUAUAAUCUUAUCUAUACGAUUGUCGAGUGUCGACUAUAGCCAAAAUAUUUGUAUUAUGAGUACAUUCAACAUAAUUGCAAAAAUUUCAAAACAUUGCACUUAAAACUUAUAGAUUUCAAUUUGUACUUGCAUGAAACGUAUUUAUAACGUGCUUAGCAACAAAUUGAAAAUAUAGAAAAAAAGUUUCAAAUACAACAACAUCCGUGCCCUAGUGCCCUGUGACUUGUGAGUAUAAUAGGAGAUUAAGAAAUCGCAUCUUUUCGCAUUCGCGUGUGUUUGGUUAUGGUAACGCAAAACUUAGAGGUUUUCGCGGAAAUAUUGUUCUCGGCGGAAUUCGCCUACGAAUGUUUCAUCUCCGAGAUCACGUUGAAAGGGCGUUUUUCGCAGUUACGCGAAUAUUUUACGGUUAUACGAGGUUAAUUUUUUUGUUUUAUUUCGUCACAAUCGCCUAAUACCGAAACCCCUUUCUAAAAAAACACUGCGAUUCGCGCGUGUCGUCUUAUUUAAUAGGUUAGGUUACAACGGAUGUUUUUUUUCCCCCCUUUAAUAAUAUAGCUAACCUAUGGGGGAUGUGUUUUCGUUAGGACCGUUCGUACGUCGUGUUGUAUUACGUAACACGGUCGACCGUUCUGCGUUGUGGUUGCGGGACAGUCGCGGCUCCACGCGACUCUCAGACGGCGAUGCCGUAAAAACCUUUCGGUAGAGCGUUCAAUGCAUAUACAGUGUAUACAGGGUGUUUUCAUUUUUUUUUUUUCACCGCCUUUCGAUUUUCUAGUAAUCAAUUUGCUGUCGAUUUCUGUAUUUGUUUUUUUUUUUUUUUUCGAAUUCAUUUUUACAAGGUUUAUUACAACGUUGUUUUCAAUUUUUCAUCGGACCUACCGUUCCAGUCUAAUUUUUAAACCGUUGUGUGUGUGUGUGUUCGUAAAGCGGCAUAAUCGGUAACGGUUAUCGUCACAACAUGAUAUUAUUACGCGUAGUCUUUGUAGGGAUUUUAUUGUUUCUGUAUUGUAUCCCGGAGGUUAAUAUCACCGUGUUCAUUUUCGUGUACAUUUUUCGCUCAAUGCAAAAGUACAAGGUACUACGUCCAGUUAUUAUAAGUGACGGAAACCGCACGCCGUACGGGUUAUGUCUAAAGGUGUAAAGCUGAUACGCGCACAAAAAAAUGCAUUAUUUUUUUGAACUCAACGAAAUUCUUUAUUGAAAUUAGUGUUUUCAUCUGGUGAAGAACACUAAUAAUGACGUAUUGAUCGCGGAGAAAAACCAAACGCGUAUAGACGAAAAUAGUCGAAAAUUCGAUGUCCUGUAAAACAACAUUACUGUUAUAAUAAUAUUGCCACGGUGACACGGUGUCCGGGGCGCACAGGUUUGUAAAUCAAAGUCGAUAUUAUCAUGUGUAAAAUGUACGCGUGUAUGGUUUGAGUGUAAUAUACAAUACCGGCGUUAAGCCCUCCCCCCUUCCUCCCCCGAAAUCGAUUUUAUGUUCGGAUUAAUAAUCUAACGCCGAAUAAUCGAAAUUCCGGACGGAUCGUCGGUAUAGGAAAACGAAUAAGUGAAUUCGCCCUGUAUAUAUUACGGUUCGCGGUAUCAUAUGUUCAAUGUUUUGUUUAUUUUUCCAACGCGGCGGCGUUUGGCCUCGUUCGUCGUCGUCGGCGUGUUGUUGUUAUUGUUGUAAAAACGGGUCUGGCCGCUGCGCGAGUGCGCGUGCGCGCACUCGCGCCGCGGCCCUCCACGUCGUCGUCGCGGCACCGCGACCCGCAGCGUGCGUCGCGUCGUCCUCGAGCCCUCCGCCGCCGCCGCCGCCUUACCGUGCCGCUCUCCGCCGGCAGUCCAGCCGGCACGGAGUAUCGUAUAAUAUUAUAUUUUCGUAAUUAUAUAAAAAAAAAAAAUUUUCUCCCUCUCCCCCCCCUCGUGUAAAUAUCACGCGUAUCGCGCGUAUAGAUGAGUGUGCACACGUUGCGUUUAUCACGUAGGCCAUACCGGCGGAGUUUUACCGGGCCGCCGUAACCGCCUUCGCGCGCGGUUGUCGGUUGUUGUUUCUUUUUUUUCUUUUUUUUUUUUUUUCACGUCUUGUUUUUGUUUUUCGUCCGCGACAUCCGUCGUCGCAGCCGUCGGCAACGCGACGAACACACCCGGUAAAUCGACCGCGCGCAAAUAUUAUAUAUUUGUAACAAAAUAACGGAUUUCCGCGUAAAUUUGAUCGCGAAACGCCGAUAGCUAAUAAAUAUUUUUAAAAAUACAAAAAAUUUAAAUUUACGAAAUAUUUUCGAAAACGUCACGGAAUUUCGAAACAAAAAAAUGCCAUUAACCGAAACCGUGAUUGCGUAAAUAUUGCCUUUUUCCCCGUUUUUACAGGAAAUUUACAAGGAAUAUCAAACAAAAUAUUACUUACCGAUCGGACAACAUUUACUAUCAAAACGGUAGACUGGAGUGGAAUUUCUGGCCUAUAAAAUUAUUGACAGACACAAAAAAAACACCCGUGUGCUCCGUCACUAGAUAGAAAUAUUCUCCGCAAAUCUGUAAAUAACCGAGUAAUACUUUUUUUAAUUUCAAAAUUUGAACACACAAAUGGUAGAGGGGUGGACAUUCGAAGCGUUCAAUUAAUAUUAUACAAAAUUCCAUCCUCCUCAAGCAACAACGCGGUGAAAUUCUUAUUGGCAUUGAACUCGACUUUUUUGAACACUGCGGUUCGUCUCUAUACAUCGAAUACAUCGAAUUACUGUAAUUCUCGAGCUUUACGCUCGUUCGGUCCAGAAGAGGCCGUUAAAAGUGUCCAAAAGUGGGUGUCGGGAAAAAGAUAUUGUAAUGCGUGUUAUGUAUAUAUAUCGUAGGUCCCGGGGAAGACGGGGUCAGAAGUAAAUUGUUCGCCUUCGUUGUUAUUUGUUCCCGUUUGUAUUACGGUCCGCCGAAUCGCGUAGCCAUGCGUGUGUUUUCAAAAUGUAAUUCGCUCGUGUCGAAUAGCGAAUCGAGCCCCUUACAACCCCCCCCCCCCCCCGCCGGGGGGCAAAAGAUAGUAUAUUGCCGAGUGUCUACGCGCCGCGAAUCAAAAAAAAAAAACCCGAUUGUUAUUAGUUGCGGAUAGUUGUUGUUCUCGCGUCGCGGCACCCGCGUGUGCCGGACGUGUUUUCGGCAUACCCACGACCGCGGCUGCCGUAACCGUAACCGCGGCCGACGGCAACCUAAUAAUAAUAAUACGGUUAUUUAUUCGCGGGCAAUCCGCAUUCCCCGGUGCGCGCGCAAAACACGUGACAGCCAAUGUUUGAACGUGCGGGGUACGGCCGCAUAAUACCGCGCGCGAUACCGUGUCGCGUCGUACGCGUUUUGUUUUGUUUCUUUCUUUCUUUUUGUCUCGUUGUCGACAACGACGCGCCGUAAUCGCGCGUUUCCCGGCGGUACGCCAGCGAUGCGCGCGGUCUUCUCGCGGCCGGUUUUAUUUUUUUUCGCACUUUACGCUGUCGAUUUUUUUUUUUCCCCUAGAUUCCGAGCGUGGCCAGAGAAACCGUCCGGUCGGGCUACGCGACGCGCAGUGGCGCGACCUGCGGGGGAUUCGGGGAGUUUACGUAUCGUGUGUAAAAUACAGGCAUAGUACAGACGUUUCCUUGUCGUUCUCACUGAACCUAUUAUUUGACGCCACGAAGAUGACGCGGUUUUUUUUUCUCCCUGUUGCCGGCGAUACUUUUUUUCAUUCGCACAAAUCUUCCGGACGACCGACAAGUUAUUCUAUACGAUUUGAGAAAACCGACAGCGAACGUCGAUGUCGGUUGAUGAUCUUUCGGCUACAAAGGAAAAACGCCACGACCGAUACUACUCCGGAAUCGUUUUGUUUUUUUUUUUUCUAUAUAUAUUCAUACUGUGCAGCUAGCGCGGUACGGACUCCGUCCUGCUUUUUUUUGUGUUCGUUUUUAUUCAACCUGUCUUAAUUAAUAUUGUAUAGUUUUAUACCGUCGAUAAUUAUUUCGUUGUUUGUAUUGUAACUACCUAUUUGUUUCGCUUAUUAUGAGUUGAUUUGUUUUCGGAUGCUCCUUCGUGUAUGAAUAUUUCGAUUACGAUUACGCUCCGAUGUGAAAUUUGAAUUUUGGGGGUUUUUUUUUUUACUUUUUGUAUGGUUUUUCGUUAACAUUUUCGGUUAAUUUCCAAUGCAUAUUUAUACGUUUUAUAUAAACUAUACGUGCGUUUUGAAUGGGAAUUUCGAAAUUCGAACGUUUAUUUCAUGUCGUUUCGUCUGUUUUUAGACAACCGCAGUUUUACAUAAUAAUAACAAUAAUAUUGUCAAUCGAUUUAUUUGUGAUUUGCAUAUUUUUUUUCCCCAAAUGCUUUGGGACAAUAAUACAUUCCGAACGCGUAUAGUUCGGUUCGCGUAACAGAUAUAUCAAAAGCGACACUUUGAUUUGUUUUUUACGGACGUUGAUGCGGUUCGAAUCCUUUUUUUUUAACUAUUUUUAGAACAUUUUUUUAUAGGUAUUGGGUUUUAUGUAGCUAUAAUAUAAUAUGAACGGUGUACAAGACAUUACGACUGAGAUUAGACACCCAGUCGGAUCGUAUUUUUCACGAGAUCCGCCGAUCGGCAUGUUACAACAAAAAUAUCAACCGGAUAACUUACCGCAUAAUAAUACUAACCUGCACACCGCGCAGUGUACACUCGAGCGUUUCACCGAAACGGAUUUAGGCGUCGAAAACAUACGCUAUCCCAUUAACGUUUAAAUUAUUUUUAGUAUCUGUGCUGCGUCUACACGAACACAGCAAUAAUACAGUGGCCAACUAGCCAAAUGAACAUAUUAUUACAUAAAAAUUACCUAACCGGCCGCAUAUUAAUAAGGAGGCUUGUAUUCUAUUCAAAUGGAAAAAAUAGGCGAAAAAAAAAGUCGUUUGCAAAUAUUUCAUUAGACUCGUAAAAUAAUACGCGGUCUUUAUGGUCUCUAUCCACCCGCCAUUCCCAUUCCCAUAUCCUUAAUCCGGGCCCGUCCGGCGGUAAUUAUUGUCUCUCGUUCGGAUUCCGAACACGUCGAAAUCCCCCCCCCCCCCCACCGCGAUUUCACCGCAGACGCCGACCGACGAAUUAAUAAUACGUUCGCGACGCGUGUCGGCCGUCGGUGGUUUUCGCGCGCGCGACAAUACGAUAUUACGCGCGCGGCGUAUAAUCAAUUGUUGUUAUUGCGAAAGAGGUCGUCGGCGGCCCGCGGCGCCCGUCGAACUGCCGUGUUGUCGGCGCGAAAAAAAUAUCCCCGGCACCGCGAGACGCGCCGAAAAUCGAAAAACGGCGCGCGGCGCCCUCCUCGAAACCGGCCGAUUUCGGGGCCUCCCGGGGUGACCGCUCCGGCCGAGUGAGCGAAUAGCGCACCGGUACCGCGUGGUAUGGGCUACGGGCGAACGAAUGGACCGUGUCCGUUCGCCAGCGCGCGCGCGCCGCAAUAACAAUCGUAUUGUAAUCCGCGCCCGUCGUGGCCGUCGAGUACGACGACGAUCGCGUAUAAUGCAAUGUAUCGCGUCGGUGUUGGUACGACUGGCGGUAAUUUUGACGGGCGAAAAGAGAAAAAAAAAAAAACUUAAUGGUUUUCUGUUUUGUCGAAUCGUAAUGUGGAAGCGAAAUGUUACGCAUCGCUGUGACAUAAUGUCGUAGUCGACUCGCGGCCAUAACGUGAUUUUUUUUUUCUCCUCGCGUUUACAGUCAUUUAUCGUUUUAUUUUAUUAUUUUUCUAGUAACAUUGUAUUUUCUAAAUAGGUAUUACGCACUCGCAUAACGGUUUUCAAAUUGUGUGAUGUGGGACUUUUUUUUCGUUUCUUGUUUUAUACCAUAAGUGUCUUGUUGAGUAAUUAGGAAUUCUAAUGCCAGUAGAAUAGGUAUUUUAUUGUACCAGUCACAACUUUUAACAAAUAAUCUACAUUUUUUUUUUCUAAUCUUUAUUGUUUACUCUUUAGACUUGAACAUAUAGCCAACAUUUUUACAAUUUAUUAGAAUUGAAAAUUGUUAGAAAAUAGGUUGGUAUAUUUCAAAUAAUUAUAAAUUACAAUGUAUAAUAAAAUAUUACUUAUAUUUUAUUAACAUUUUGUUUUUCACACAAUAAUUAAAUCUUAAACAUAAAUAACAAAAUAGUCAACAGAAUUAGACAGUUUAACAAAUCUGUAACAAGUUUAGAUAUAAUAGUACACGUAUAAUUAUUUGUCUUAAAUUAUAUACGAUAGUAGGUAUAUAAGUUAUAGUCUGUUUAUUGACAUUUGAAAUGUAGAAUUGUUCCACAUAAAGUUUAAAACGUUGUUGAAUGUAGGAUAAAAUCGAACAAAUGUAAUCAACCCUACUUGUCUUUUCGUCGUAUCCACAAAAAGUUUAUAUUAUUUCGUUUUAAUUAACUCAAUAAUACGUAAACUAUUUUGUUCUGUAUCUGUCGAUUCGGUUAAAACGUAAAAUACCAGACAUCUUGUUCGUACCUAUAAAUUCGUAUUAUUUACUUCUUGCCAAUUAUCUCAUAAAAUCUAUUAUCAUCUUAUUUUUUUUUCUGUUCUAGCGACGUCAUAUUAUUAUAACAUUGUGUUAUAAAAGAUAAUAAUAAUACAGUUAUUAUUUAUAGACGAACGUGUACAUAUAAUCUGUAAUUAUUAUUGAUUUUAUACGGUAAACAAAAAACGAAAAUACAUUAAAACAUGUACCUAGUCAUGUUUAUCGAAAUAUUUUUAGAUUAGCAUUGCAAUUUCGGUCUUACAAUAUUGGUACUUAAUCGAAAUAACGUGUACCUAAUACGCAUCAUCUAAAAUUUAAAUGAUUAAAUGAUUUAUAAAUAUUCUAUGUAUAGUAAGUUGUAUGUUUUGUUAUUGAUUCCGAUACAGAUAUGAGAAUAACAAAUUCCGAUGACGCCGCGUAGAACUUGAAUAAUAAACAAUAAUAAACAGUAUAAUACCCACUUACAUUGUUGGACAUGUUGUUAAAAUUGUAUUAUGUAUUAGAAUAAUGACCUGCAAUUAAAUGAAUUUGAACGAUCCUUAGAAAAUUUGAAGUUUACUUUACAACAUUAUUUUUUUUUUUGGGGAGGAAAUGUGCUCAAUAAAAUAUAAAUAGAUGGUCACUAGACUACUUAAACUCAAGAAUUUUAUUAAAGCAAAAUUACUCAUGAAAAAAAGUUAUGAACUUGUUUGUUUUUUUUUUUUUUUUUUUGUAAUAUGCACAUUAAAUGUCCAUUGAUAUCCAAUGUCUCUCGUAUAGUAUAUAAUGACUUCCAUAAAAAAAAUUAUACACGUUUCAUAAACAAUUUGCCAACCAAAUAUUUUAAUUAAUAUAAUACAGAAUGUUCGGUUUCUUUUUCUAAUUUGUAUUUUUUUAUCUCGUAGAAAUUCAAUAAUAAUCCUUUCUAAUUACGCAUCAAACCCAAAAGCAAUAGAAAUUAUUAAUUGUGUAUUAACAUUUAUUUCAUUGGUAUACUCGAUCGUAUAUACUCGAGAUUAAUAAUGUAUCAACCCGCAUAUUAUAUUUAGCCAAUGACAAUCGAUUCUUAUAAUCUGUUAAUAAUUUAAAUUUGUUUAUUUAGUCUUAUAGUUAUUUACAGUUAUUGAUUAUUGGUUUUAUUUUUUUCAUUUGGUUAGUAAUUCAUUAAUUAAUUCACAAACAUACAAUUAACAGUAUUUAAUAUCGGUACCUAAUAGAAAUGCCUAUAAUAUAUAUUAUUAAGUUUUUAUUAAAAAAUAAUUCUAUAUACUAUAUCAAUAAACCGGUACGUUAAAAAAUACAUGUUACUCUAGGUACAUAAUAGUAGCCUAGUUGUAGUUGGUAUAGCAGAAAGAAACAAUAUUAGUAUCAAUGGUAGGUAGACGGAAAAUAGUGAAUACUUGUGUUAUACUCGUAGAAAAUGCCAAACGAACGUAAUAAAUUAUCGCGAUGUUUAAGGUAAUAAGGUGAACAAGGUAAAAUCAAAAUGAUUUGUUAUUGAAGUAAAAUCGUGUCUUAUAGUCGUCGGUAUUAUAAAAAAGCGGAUUUUUUUUCUUUUGUUUCAAAUGACAAAAAAUAAUAAUAUCAUUACCGAUACGACAGUAUGGCUCAUGUAAUAUUUCUAUUAGUGUAGAGGACGCGAGCAUUAUAGUUAGAUAUCAAAAAUCCAUCGGGGGUUUAAAUAAUUUCCCGCCGAAACCCCCCACCCCCACCACUGCAUUUCAAACGUUAUACACAAUUCAUAUUGAAUUCAUAACGAAAGUCACUAUAUAAUUGUUGGAUAGUCGAGCAAUAUCCAACUUGUCGCAUUAGCUGUCGACCGUAUACUUAAUAAUAUUCGGUGGUAAGUUUUUUAACGGAAAUAAUAAACUCGUAUACAAAUUAAGAGUGCGGUAUACUUAAUGGAGUAUAUCACUGUCUUCAAUAUACUUGAACAAAACGACUCCGUGUCGUAAACAACGCCUCCUUUUCGAAAUAUUCCUAUUCGCGAGUUCGAAAACACAGAUAGACGAAAAUCUAUCACUCACAUUAUCUCCCCCGACCACGUAAAUACCAUGCAAUCAUUAUACGAGUUCAACUGAUGUUUUCGUUCUCGGUUGAACUGUGCAGGAUAUUAUAGUUACGUCUAUCACAAAUGAACAUGGAAAAUUUCGGUACACUAUUGGGCCAUUAAAUUAAAAUGUCAACCGUAAUAACGUACCUACAUUAAUUAUAUUGUUUGCCAUCAUUAAAGGUUUUUACACAUUCUUGAAAUAAAUACCUGUCGUUAAACUAUGUAUUGCCAUUUUUAGGCUAUCGUGAUAAUUAUAUACUGUUUAAAAACAACACGGGGCAUCACCACAAAAAUAUCCUGGAUACGUCGGAUUAUUUUUAAUGCCGUCGAGUUUUAACAAUAACCAACGGCUACACAAAAUGUAAUUCGAUUUUCCUCAUUCGUCACAUUUCUAACGGUGCGGGUGAAGCGCAAUUCAUAUUGUUUACAAAACCUCAUCGAGAAAUGAGAAUGAUUCAAAAUUUGUAACCCUCAUCGCGCGAGAUUGACUCUCGCAACUCGUAAGUCGUUAAUAAUAAUGUGUAAUUAUGUAAAACGUAGUUCUCAUCAUUUUACUAUAGUUGUAAAUUUGACAUUUUUCAAAGGGUCCGUAAAAAUAAAACGUGCACACUUUAUGUAACGUAAUCGUUUUUUUUUUUUUUUUUUUUUUUUUUUCUUGUCUUAUGUUAUGUUUUCUCCCACUGUAUACUAUCCGGUGGUUGAAGAAAAUGGUUCUGUAUACGGUAGGAUUUAUUUCUCAUCCCAUCGCAUUUAUUUUUUACCCUCUACUUGAUUUUAUUUAAACGAGUUCAAAUUUUAAACUCGCAUUGUAUACCCUAAAUACAAUAUUAAUAUAUAUCAUAACGUUAACGCUGAUAUCUAUUUUUGAUAUAUUAUAUUGUAUUUCCACGCGUUUAACACUGAACCCCACUAUACAAUAUACGCCUGUACCCGAUAAUCUAAUUUUAUUUACAAACUGACUAAAAACAUAAUUUCAACGCGUAAUCAUGUAUGAAUGUUGUGAUGAUUAUUAUUUAUUACAUUAAAAAUAGCAUUAUUUAUUUAUAUUAUUAUUAUUAUUGUUGUUGUUGUUGUUGUUGUUGUUGUUGUUGUUAUUGAUGAUGCUGUUGUAAUUCGAGUACCUAGAAUUAUCGGAGCGUGUGAUGCAAUUAUAAUUGUAUACCUACACCAAUCUAUGAAUAACGCCUUGUUCUUUUUAUUAUUCUAAAAUAAUUGUAAUGUACUUUUCGAGUAGCUUGAAAACCAACAAUAUUACGAUAGUUAGUUACUAGUUUUAAUAUAAAUUACCCGUGGCUAAAAGUUCCGAUCAAAUAAUGAAAACGUGAAUCAUUAAUUGCUUAUUGUGCACUAUCGAUAAUCGGAAAUUUUUUUUUAAAUUUUAAAUAAUUUUUAUCCAAAUAUUGGUCACACGUCUUGUCCAGCCCUGAAUAUUAUUUUACUACAAAAUUUGUAUUUAUUGACUUGAAAUACCUAAUAAAAAAAACAAAAACAAACUAUUCGUAGACCAAUUACAACCAUUUUGCUCCGAAAAAAAUCUCAAGCGCCUAAUUUUCAUUUAAUCAAUUCCGUACGUUUUAAUAUUGAUUUUAAGUUAAAUUUUAUAGUGUAUAUUAAGUAUUGAAAUGUGAAUUUUUUGUUUAUUUAAUUGGUAUAUUAUAUUGUUGCACUCUAUUAUUAUUGUACAAAUAUUUUUAAAACGUUAAGCUAGGGGCUUGAGUAUUUUUAAAUUGAACGUUUUAUGAGUAAAUAUUAUUUUACAACGCAUUUUUCUGGCACAAACAAUAACAAAAAAAAAAAAAAGAAAAAAAAACCAUCUUGUUAAUAAAUUACAUUUCUUCAGCUUCUAUGCAAAAUCGUUUAUUAACGUACCUAUAACGAAAUUAUACAUUGAUUUGUAAAAUAAUUGGAUAUGUCGUGCUUUGAAUGAUCGAUGAUUGAGAAUCACACACAUUAAUAAUGAUCGUGUUUUCGUUUGUGAAUAGUACUAUUGUGCGAAUUUCUUGAUAUAACCUAUCUUGAACUCUUUAAAAAGAAAAAAUUAUCCCGUUUAUUGAUUUCGAAUACACCUAUAUCCUAAUAAUCCAUUGACAAAUCGCAUAUUUAACAUUUAAUAAUAGUUAUUUGUUGUGUACACAAAACGUUGUUACACAUUUCGAGGAAAAAUAUAUUUAGUUUUCGUACCUAAUAUUAUUAUAAUUAUUCGUGGUUAUUCGUGGUACAUACAUUUUUACAAAGUAAUUACUGUAAUUUUUAGGUUUCGCUUCGUGUUCGGCGACCAAUCCUAUCUGGCUGGUUAAAACUAGACUACAGUUGGACUUGAAUAAAAAUGGGAAAAGACUCACUGCUGGUCAGUGCAUCAGGAGGAUAUACAGAACUGGGGUGAGUUUCAGUAUAGUCUACGGCUCUACUGUGCCGUGUCAGUGUUAACGACAGGCACCUGUCCAUCAGUGUAAACCCAACGGAUGUGCUAUAUCGAUUAUUGUGUUGUGUGUUCACAGGGCAUAAAAGGUUUCUAUAAAGGCAUUACUGCUUCAUACUUCGGUAUAUCCGAAACCGUUGUACACUUCGUUAUCUACGAAGCAAUCAAAGCGAGACUGGUAGCCGCCCGUGUUGGACUUAACGAUCCGGAAGACAACACCAAAUCCUCCAAAGACUUCCUUGAAUUCAUGAUGGCUGGUGCCGUUUCUAAGACUGUCGCUUCGUGCAUCGCUUACCCUCACGGUAAUACUUAAAACUUCAUUUUUAUUUAUUUUACACUAUCAUUAUUAAGGUUAAAUUUUCAAAUUCAUGUUCAUGAUUAUCGUACACUAUUCACUUUAUAUAUAUAUUAUUGUUUAUUUUCUUGUGUGUUGACAGAGGUCGCUAGAACCAGACUUCGUGAAGAAGGUACCAAGUAUCGUAGCUUUUUCCAAACUUUGUUAACGGUUUAUAACGAAGAGGGUCCCAGAGGACUGUACCGCGGUUUAGCCACACAGCUGGUCAGACAAAUACCUAACACAGCCAUUAUGAUGGCGACAUACGAGGCUGCCGUGUAUGUGAUGACCACUUAUUACUGUCCAAAUGAGGCAGUGUUCUACGAAGAUAGUGAUGAUCGAUACGAAUGA